AUGCGAAUCCAAGAGGUGUGGUCGCUGGUUGGGCUGCUGUCGCUGUCGCUGCUGCUGGUGCCGCGCGUCGUGGCGCCCGGUGACUUUGCGGCACUUGAUCCGGACGUCGUGGCAGCUGAAGGAGGAGAAGAUCGAUCAGAUGGCGCAGACGGCUCGUACAGAAGCGAUGGCGAACACGACGACGACGCUGAUGACCAUCACGUCUGGAGCGCUCGACGCCACGUCGAGAGCUUUGACUUCGAUCCGUCUCAGGGACUGACGUUCUACGUCUUUGGAGACGAAAGCGCGUGCUUCUAUGAAGACGUCAAGUUGCUGAAAGGAGGCGCUGAUGGCGGCAAAGACGAGGAGCUACGGGGCGCGUACGUCGUGGAUGCAGGUGAUUCGCACAUUGACGUGGAGGUGAAGGACCCCGAGGGCGUGACAGUGCUUCAUCAAACAGGCAAAGCCGAGGGAGAAUAUGUAGUAGCGCUCAAACACACUGGUGUUCAUGAGCUCUGCUUUCGGAAUCCAGACGCGGACGGAAAGUUGGUGACACAUGUGACGAACACGCUGCAGUCACAGCAUCCAAUCGAGAAAGAGCAUGUGAGUGGACUGGCUAAGUAUGCGUCGCAUCUAGACUUGCGUCUUGGCGAGCUUGAGUCGGAGCAGCGACUGCAGCUGAUCCGGACCGACAGACAUGCCAAAGUCGAAGAAGAAAUGAAUAAACGCGUCGUGUUCUACGGCGCGCUGGAGUGCGUUGUCUACCUCACGGUAUGCUUCUGCCAAGUGUACUACAUCAAGAGCUUGCUCGAGAACCCGCGUAAAGCGCGCACCUGGGUCUAA